AUGCUUUAAAUUUGCUCGAUGUUCGUCUAAAAAUGUUAAUACAUUAAAAAAAAGCAUUCCAUUAAUGAAAAUGUUACAAGAAAGUAAAUCAACAUCAUCUAUGAGCACGAAAAACUUUUUUCUUACUUCAUUAAUCUCAGGUGCUCUCGCAGGAACUAUAUGCGAUUUCAUAUCAUUUCCUUUGGAUACACUUAAAACACGAUUACAAAGCCAACAUGGUUUCUUAAAAUCUGGCGGUUUUAAACAAUUGUACAAAGGUUUGGGGCCUGUAAUGGUAGGAUCCGCACCCUCGGCUUCCUUAUUUUUUUUAACUUAUGAAAGUUUUAAAAUAGUAUUUGAACCUCAAAUAUCUGAACAAUAUCAUUCAAUUAUACAUAUGAUUGCCGCGUCAGUGGGAGAAAUGGUUGCAUGUCUUAUUCGAGUCCCAGUAGAAGUAGUGAAACAGAGAAGACAAGCAUUAUUAACUGAUCCGCAUAAAUUACCUUUGAGAACUUUAUAUCGUGGCUAUGGAAGUACUGUAAUACGAGAUUUACCAUUCGGUUUAAUUCAGAUGCCACUUUGGGAAUAUUUUAAGUUUCAUUGGAAAAAGCAUAUGAAACGUGAAUGCACGCCUCUAGAGGGUGCUCUUUGCGGAUCGCUAUCAGUUGCUAUAUCUGCAAGUAUAACAACACCUUUAGAUGUUGCAAAAACUAGAAUAAUGUUAUCGAAUAUGGCGAUAGGAAAAGAUGAAAUAAAAAUAUCUGUGAUGUUAAAAAAAGUUUAUUGCAAUUAUGGUUUUAGAGGACUUUUUGCAGGCUUUCUACCAAGAGUCGGUGGUUUUACAAUUAGCGGAUUCAUAUUUUUUGGUGUGUACGAAAAAGUUAGAGAAAUUUGCAUUUCAAAUUUACCACCAUAAUGUUACAAAAAAUAUGUUUAUAAAUACAAAUCACAGUUAAUAUCUAAUUAAAUAAUACUAUUACAUGAUUGAAAUAGAACAAGAAAUGACAGAAGAUCUCAAAAAGUGAGUAUUGACGUCAUAUUGAAUUUUUCACAUAUUAUGAAAAUGGAAAGAUAAUAGUAUUUUAUAUUGAUAUUACAGUUAAUAGAAAAGCAUGUUUAUGAUAAGAAUUUUGCCUUUGAAUUGAAGUAAUUAGAAUUUAGAAAUAAUAAUUUUCAUUCUACAAUAUAUUUAAAUAUGAACAUACAUAUUUGAAAAAACAAAUAAGAAAUACAUCAAAGGAAAAUAAAAUACAGAGUAAAAUAUAGAGUAUAUUUAAAAAUAAUCUUCAAGGGCAAGAAUUUUCUUACAUUUACAUUCAAUAAUAUAUCAAGUUACAGUAUACCGCAUCAAUUUACAUUUGUGAUAUUCACUUGUAUAAAAUAAUAUAAAAUAUGAUAAAUAUAUAAGAAAAUUGUGAUAAUUUUUAA